AUGACGUUCAUGCUCGAGCGAAUCCGGGCCUCCCAGGAGGAGCUCGAGUACCUGGAAAAGGCCAUCAGCGUGCUCAUGAACGAUAGAAGGAGGGCGUCUGGACUCAGACUCGCAACCAUAGAACGCGCCAUCAAACAGCUCGUGGAGCAAUCGCAGAGCAUCGCUCAAAAGUGCAUAGCAUACUACAAGGAUGAGGAUGGGCUGAGGAAGGAAGAAAUCCGAUACCUUGCAGGGCAGCAAGAAGGCGGCAGAGCCGCUGCUUCCAAGGACGACGACGGACAGCUGUGGACGAACUUCUACAGCAACCUCAAAAACAUAAAGGACUAUUACAAGCGCAAUGAGGGUCUCAACGUACCGGUGGAGCCACGAACGGUGAACAACGUCAUCAAUGAUGCUAUGUCUAAGGUUAAUGUGGACCUGGAGUUCACGCCGGAUGAAAAUUACGGGAAGUGUGUCGACCUUCAAGAGCACUACAGGCGGUUCGUCAACCUGCAGGAGCUGCGCAACUACAGAAGGAAGCAACACCAACAGCAGGAAGUUUUCAGGCUGAACAAAAAGUCCAUCCCCGAAAAUGAACUGGAGGCCAACAUCCUACCCUUCAGCGAAAUAGAUUACGUCACAUAUCUCAACCAAUUCGACAAGUUCGCAGAGAUUCCCAGGUACUGCAAGUACAGGGUUAAGGAGUACUACGAGUAUCUGGAGAAACUGAUGGACUACCUGGUGGGAUUCUUCCAGCGCCAGAACCCGCUGGCCACCACAGACUCGCUGAAGAAGUCGUUCCAGGACGGAUUCGAGGCGGAGUGGAUCGCAGACAGAGCAGCCCAUUGGAAGGAGUACACUGAGCAGAUGGAACUCUACCUGAAACCGGUGGACCGGCUGUUCGCCUCCAAGGGUGUUUUCCAGUCCUUCCAAAACGGGAAGAAAUACAAAAAGAUCGCCGAGGUGUUCUCGAAAAAGACAUCUCAGGAGAUGGAGGAACACUCAAAGGCGAGCAGGGACCAUGACAAAUCGAUUGCCUACAUGGAGUACAUGAUUCAGCACUACAAGGAGUUCAUGACCAGCACCAUACAAAAGACGAUAGAAUUUAUCGAAAAACGGGAGUCACGUACCAGCAGGGAGCUGGAAGCAUCGCAAAGCCUCGCGCUGCAGAUACUGGAGUCGGUUGGCACCGACAAGCAGCUGGACAUCGACGAUGUCUCAAGCGGCGAGGAGGAAGAACAGCCCAUAUACAACCCGCUCAAUCUCCCACUCGGGUGGGAUGGAAAGCCCAUACCGUUCUGGCUCUACAAACUGCAUGGCCUAGGACAAGAGUUCAAGUGCGAAAUAUGCGGAAAUUACUCGUACUGGGGGAGGAAGGCCUUCGAAAACCACUUCCAGGAGUGGAGGCACUCUUUCGGAAUGAGAUGCCUCAAGAUACCCAACACGCCGCACUUCAAGGAGAUCACGAAGAUCGAGGAUGCCUUUGCGCUUUACGAAAAGCUCAGGAACCAGAACGACAAAAACACGUUCAAGGUUGCGCAGGAGGUUGAGUGCGAGGACUCCGAGGGGAACGUUAUGAACGCCAGGGCGUACGAGGAUUUGCGCAGACAGGGGCUGUUGUAA